AUGGUUGGUCUGAUGCACCCACCUGUCAGGGAAUUUUCCAGGUUUUCAUUGACAAAUGGCCCUUUUUUCUUAUGCUGUAAUGUGUGUGAGUCCUUAAGAAACUGUUUCCUGAUCAUAUGCUUACCGUUUCCUUACGCUCUCUUCCUUUUAGAAACAUGCUUAAAUUCAAAGGUAAAAAUUGCAAAUGGAUUUAUUGCUGAGCCUGAAUCUACAUAUCUCUUAAAUCAAAAAGUAAAAUAUAAGUGCAAACAAGAUUAUGUAACAGAAGAUGGUCAGACAUCCGGGUAUAUUACAUGUCUCCAGAAUGGAUGGUCAGCUCAACCCAGAUGCAUUAAAUCUUGUGGUGUGCCAGUAUUUGAGAAUGCCAGAGCCAAAAGUGAUGGCACGUGGUUUAAGGUCAAUGACAGGUUGGCCUAUGAAUGCCAGGAUGGAUAUAAAAACCGAGAUGGACACACCGUAGGCUCCAUAGUGUGUGGUGAAAAUGGUUGGUCUGAUACACCCACCUGUCAGGAAAGAGAAUGCAUCGUUCCCGAUAUAGAGCAGAACUUACUUGCUCAGCCCCAGAAAGAGAAAUAUGUCAUUGGAGACGUGUUGACAUUCUCCUGCAGAAACAGACAUAAACUUAUUGGACCAGACUCUCUUCAGUGCUACCACUUUGGAUGGUCCCCUAGUCCUCCGACAUGUAAAGAGGAAGUGCAGUCCUGUGAUCAACCUCCUCGACUCCGCAAUGGGAAAGUUGCGGACACACCUAAAGGGGAAUAUGAACACGGUGAGGUGGUGGAGUAUGUGUGCAACCCCAGGUUCCUGAUGAAGGGUGCGAGGAAAAUUCAGUGCGUUGAUGGAGAGUGGACACCCUUGCCCGUGUGUGUUGAGGAGGACAGUACAUGUGGAGACGUACCUGACCUGGACCACGGCGAGGUCGUGUCCCCAGCACGGCCCCCCUAUCACCAUGGAGAGUCAGUAGAGUUCACUUGCGGAGAAGGCUUUACAAUGAUUGGUCACAGCUCAGUUACAUGCAUUAGGGGAACGUGGACCCAACCACCUCAGUGCAAUGCAACAGUUGAAUUCAAGACGUGUAAAUUAUCAAGGGCAACUGCCUAUGAGACAAACUUACAAGAAAGGAAUGACUAUGAGCAUAAUAAGAAAAUCAAUUACACAUGUGGGAGGAAGUCAGAGCAGAAACACUCAGUCUGCGUGAACGGAAAGUGGGAGCCCGAGGUGACCUGCACAGAAGCACCACGAUGCCCACCUCCACCUCAGAUUCCCAAUUCUCAAAAUAUGACCCUGACCGUGAAUUAUCACGAAGGAGAAAAAAUAUCUAUUCUCUGUCAAGAAAACUUUCUAAUCCAGGAAGGAGAGGAAAUCGUGUGCCAGGAUGGACGAUGGCAGUCAAUACCGCGCUGUGUCGAAAACACGCUGUGUUCUCAACCGCCUCAUGUAGAACAUGGAAGCAUUAUUUCAUCCAGAGAAACAUUGGAACCCAAGCUAUAUGCGCAUGGCACCACAUUAAGUUAUAUUUGUAAGGAUGGUUUCAAAUUAUCCAAAGAAGAUGGGAUAACAUGCCACCUGGGAAAAUGGAGUGCUUCACCACAGUGUGUAGGACUUCCUUGUAGACGACCCCCUGUGGUUGCCAAUGCUGUUCUUCCUGACAGGAUAAACAUUUAUCCACAUGGGGAAAGAUAUACAUACACCUGUAAACCCGGAUUUCGGAUCCGUGGACCUGCGUCUGUAGAAUGUUCAGGAGGAAAUUGGUCCCAUCCCCCAGAAUGCACAAAAUCAAUUUGUUCUAGCCCACCCAGCUAUGACAAUGCCAUCCUCACAAGCCGGAAGAAGAAUAGCUACAAGUCAGGAGACCAAGUGGCUUAUAGAUGUACAGAACAUUACCAAAUGGAAGGAUCCAAUGUUGUAGAGUGUAGGGACGGCAUUUGGAUUGGAACACCCACAUGCAAAGGUAUUUUGGUGAAUGGCUUCUACCUUCAUUAAAAAUUAGGCAUACGA